AGCCUAUCUCUUCAUAUACUGAGAGGAUUUGUGCCGCUGUAGGCCUGGAGAUGGGUCCCACGGCUGACUCCUCAAUGACGACCAAUCGGUGGCCAGGAUUGUAAAUGAGAGAGAGAGAGAGAGGGAGAGGGGGGAAGGAAAACUUUUCUUUCUUUUUUUUUCGACAGGAGGAGGGGUGUUGUGGGGAAAUGCUCGGCGGACCGUGAAGCGUAACAGCAAGAAGGGGGACAAAGACGCACAUAGCGGUACGAAAUGCGAUAGAUAGAAACCUUUUCUGAGUGAAAAAAAAAAAACCAUAGGAAUGCGUGGAUGGAUUUUAAAAAGUGGUAGAGCUGGUGGAAGACGAGUCGAAACUAAUAAUGGCAAGAAAGAUUAGUUCAAGUGUGCAAACUGAGUUGUGGACAAACACUGUGGUUAGACUGCGCGUUAACUUUGGAUAAGCCCUGCGGCGCGGCGCACUGUCCACCACCUCGUAUCUGCACCGGAGGCAUGGAGCAGACGCAGACUGCAGUUUGGAGUAGGAUUCCUCACUUUUAGACGGACGUGCUUCUCGGGAUGACUGUUGCCGCUGCGCUGUUUCCCCUUUUUUUUUGCAGCCACGCGUGGUGAUUUCCCUGAGUCAGAUCCUGACUUCCACUGUUUAAAGCUGUGCAGGAGGAGGCAAACUCAACCAACGUGCGAGUCUGUGGAUAAUGUGAUCAAGUGUAGCCUAUAUAUAUAUAUAUAUAUAUUUUUUUUUUUUUUUCGACUGCGCUGGUGACAAAAUGUUUGGUUACAGAAAAACAUGUAUGGAAUACUUAUGUGAACUUCAGUCUGUGAGAUUCCGUGUGUGAAUUGUCCAUAUCCUAAUGUGCUGGUCGAGAAAGUGCACGUCACCGAACUAGAACUCCAUCCAAGCAUGAAAUGUUGGUGCAGCGCCCUGGCACUUCUCCCAUGGGUGCUGGUGGCCAUAGAUGCCCAGCUAAUCUGCUGGCAGGCGCUUCUUCGGUGCCACGACGAACCUGAGUGUGAUCUCGCGUACAGUCAGUACUUAGCGGCCUGUGAGGGGAACAUCCGAGGGACGAGGAGGCAGUGUCCGAGCCACUGCAUCAACGCGCUGAUCAGGCUCAAUCACACCCGCAGCGGGCCGGACCUGGAGACCUGCGACUGCGCCCAGGACCUGGAGUGCCUCAGCGCCAAACAAGCCAUAGAGCCGUGCCUCCCCCGCAGAUACCCGAGCGAUGCCGGGGGGAUAGGGUGCAUGGAGGCCCGGCAGCGCUGCGAGGAGGACAGCAACUGCCACACCUCCCUCACGGCCUACUUGUCGUACUGCGGGCAGUUGUUCAAUGGCAGGAAGUGCUCCUCAAAGUGUAAAGCCACCAUUCAGCAGAUGCUGUUCAUUCCAAAUGGCAUGCUGCUCAACCGCUGUGUUUGCGAUGGGGUAGAGAGGCCUUUCUGUGAAGUGGUCAAGGAGAACAUGAGCAAACUUUGCGCCAUAGGAGACCACAAUGUUAUUUCAGACCAGCCUGAUGUGGAGGACAUAUAUGAGGAUGAGGACUAUGACCCUAAAGGUGACAGAGAGGAGGUGUAUCCUGACCAUUCCUCUGCUUCCCAGAGGUCGUCCAGCUGCAUGACCCUCCUGUUUCUGUCUCUAGCACGGAUAUUAUACUGAGAGGAUCGGUACUUGAAAUAUUUGUUGGCUUUAUAAAUGAGCGUGUGUGGGGGGGAAAUGACUGUUCAAGAGUGUAAGGUCACUCCUGACUUACUCUAAGACACUUCAGCACAGCCUUGUGUUGUUGGCACAGAACUUGAACCCAGAUCUGCUGGAUGAGGAAAGUUAUUUUUCACCCACAGGACUCUGUGCCUUACCAUUAGUUACAUGGAGACAUGGAGAGCACAGUAGUGAUUUGUGUAGGCUUUCCACAACUGUACAAUUUGCAUAGUUAUUCUGACUCAGGAAAACUGCUCUUUUUGAUUUGUAAUUCAAAUCCUUCCGUAGAUGGCCUUGCAGUGCUCUGAGUGAGCUGCUCGCUUUUUUGCUGAGUAGAGGAAAGCCUGUUGAGAAAAAUGGCAAAAAUAUUUUCAAGGUGACGGUGAGAGGAAAUGAAGCAAAAUCAGACUUUUUUGCAGGGCAUUGCCAUUUUGUGUGCCUUUAAAAAAAAAAAAAAAGCUCCUGUUUGUUUGGUUUGGUUUCAAUGGUACUUGGAGUGUGGCUUUAUUAAGACCUUAGACAAACAUUGGACCCAUACAGUCUCUGUUUGCUCUGCUCUCCAUUUCAGGGGCCACUGCAUUGUUGCAGAAACCACACUUCAAAUAUUUGUGGGAACAGUCAGAGGACAGGCAAGGGUGUGGGAUCAAGUACUUAAAUUAACUGAAGCGCCUCUCUAGCACUCUGUCUGGGGCCCCUCCCCCGGUUGAGAUUGUUUUAUUGAACUUUUCCUGAGACCCCGCCGCCCCCCACCCCUCCUUCCUCCUCUCUACUGCCUGCCCCCUUUCACGCCUUUAAAAGACCCCCAUCUUUAUUACUGCUUUCACACUGAAGCAACAACCGAGGAAAACCUGUCUGCUGCUGGUGUGAGGAGGGUCAGCGUAUCAUACCUGCAGUUUGUCCGAGGUCUGACACCGCUUGGUUUUGUUAUGCAGGAAACUCUAAACAAACCGCGUGAUUAGAACGUAAAUUAGUUUUUAUAAACUCACUGAACAAAGAAAGUUAAUUUCAUGGGUAUGAAGGAUUAUUAUUAAGUGACUGUAGCAGUGUCACAACAGUGACAACAACAUAUUCACUCAGAAAUAGUCUGACAUGAAUGGUCAAGCACAGGUUGAAUGCAUGUGAAUUAUUUUUGUGACACAGAAUUUGUGAGGAGUUUGAGAGUGUUGCUAACUAAAGCAGAGUUUUCUUAGGCCACGUUUUAACAUGCAGGGUUGUCACUAAGUGCUUUUUAAAUGAACUUGCACAAAUACACAUAAAGGUCAAACUAAUUACAAUGAGAUUUAGUUCAGUUCACAAAUUCCUCAUAAGUGUCUUCUUUGAGGGCUUUUAUUUUGUGUGUUUUUGUUGUUGGAAACAUUUACAUAAUAAGAUGCGCUAUAUGGCGACUAAGCAGCGCACAGAGCUGAUGUUACCUGUUUGUACUGUAGGUCCAGGAAGUCAAACCAGCAGCCACGUUAAGCUGUUUAGCAAAAAGGGAAAGUAAAAAAAAGUUUUUAUGUUUGUAUUGAUCACUUGUAAAAUGAAGCUGUCCAUUUGUGUCUCCGCCACUUGAAAUAGUGUCAAAACUAAUCUUCUUUGUUUUGGUAUGAAGUUUUGAACAGUGUAGAUAAAUGUUAAAUUAUGAAGCUAGAAUAUGAAGAAUGUGUAUAUAUUUUACAGUUAUAUGCAGUAAAAUAAGCCAGUGUGUGGCCACUGUCACAGCAAGUUGCAUUUAAUACAAAAUAAACACACAAAUGUAGCUCAGA